AUGGGCAAAAGAGGAGCAUGGCAGGACAAGCAGGACCAAUGGCCUGCACACAAAGAAAGCAAGGAGGCCAAGCAAAAGUGGCGAGUCUGGCAUGGAUCAUACUCUUCAGCCUCUCCCAAGGAUGGGAGCCGGUCCCGCUACGACUACACGCAGCUGACGGACCAGGACUACAAGGGAUGGUACAAGCAGGCCGAGGACCCUGGGGAGACGGAAGGCUCGGAGCUCCUCCGGGCCAUCCAAAAGAAGGUUUCCGCGGCCAGAAAAGCAGAUGGCAGGGUGCGCAAACUACAGGAGGAUCGUGCUUGGAAGGAAAAGCAGUGGAAGGCCUUCGAGAAGAAGAGCGUCCAGGACUUCCUGGCAGAGCGCAAGCGAUUUCAUGCGGACAUGGACCGCAUCGACGAAGAGAUCAAAGCAGCAAUGGCCUCGGGCAAGGAGGCAUCCGGGUCUGUUCAGACCCUUGCCAACGAAGGCCUCCCACCGGUGGCGGUCGAUAUGGAGGAUGCCACACCUUGGGACGAGCUUCUGCACAGUCACUCUGCAGAGGCCCAGCAGGAGUUCCUGACGGAUGCCCUUCAAGCGGCGGAGAAGGCCAAGCAGGCUGCUGUGGCGGCUUCCCGUCCAGCCGAAGGCGGAUUGGUCACCCAGGAACAGAUGGCCAAAUUCAUGGCUUUGACUAUGGCCAGUCUGCCUCGAUGCCCUCCACAGUAUGCAUACCCACCGGGGCUUAUGCACGGACCGACGCCAGGGUUAUGGUAUCCACAAGGGCCUCCACCGGGAGGCUGUGUGCCCACACAGCCUACCAUGGAGCCGCAUGGAGCACCUGCCGUACCUCCGAUGCCACCGCCCACCGAGUCUGUGGCAUAUGUUGCCGGCGGGGGACACCAGCAUGUCGAGGAGCCCUUCUUUGCCUCUCCUGCCACAGAAAGGUUAAAGCGCACUGCCUCUGUCUCUCCCCGCGUCAAUCCCUAUCAGAUGGAUCGCCACCACACUGCAGCAGGCGACCACGGUGCCCCGGGGGCAACAGCGCCAGCUCCUGGAGCAGAUGUCACAGGGACCACGGAUACGAAGGCUGCUCCGGCUGCGGCCCCAUCUGGACCGAGCUUGACCGACAAGCUCGAAGCCAAGAGAGAUCAGGAGCGACGUGCCCUUCUGCCUUUUGGCGGGAAGGCCCCAGAAGCCCAAGGGGUGCGCCCUACGACCUUUAUGGAGGACGACCCGGACUUGGAUCUACCCAAAUCGCAUGCAGCGGCAGGCCUGGACGGUCUUUCUUGA